UGUGUGAUUUAGACUCGUUUUUCUUUACUUUCUUUUAUCGCUCGCAAAUGCCCAAAGUUGUGAUUCUCGGUGCUGGCGUGAUUGGUUUGACCACGGCUAUUGUGUUGCGCAAGAAUGGUUUUGACGAUAUCACCAUUGUUGGCAAAUAUCUUCCCGGGGAUGACUUGACGCACGAGUUCACAUCACCUUGGGCGGGUGCAUCCAUUGUCAGCUUUGCCUUUGAAAACAAACUGCUUCAAGACAUUGAUCUUAUUUCCUUUCAGGAAUUCGAACGACAAGUCAAAGAAGCCCCUGAAGCUGGCGUCAUGCAUUGUCCUGGCGUUCACUAUAGUGAGAUUGAGGAUCCAGCUGCUGAAGCAUGGGCACAUAAGCUAUACACCAAUACCACCUCCAUCCCCAAAGACCAGCUUCCCAAGGGUGUUGUAUUCGGUUACAAAUUCCAGUCGUUUACCAUGAGCGCUCCCCGAUACUUAUCGUGGCUCGUAGCCAAUGUGCAAAAGCUCGGCAUUGCAAUCGAAAGAGGCACUUUUGAAGCUCUGAGUCAGGUAGCCGAUCACUACGACGGCGCCGAUAUCGUGAUUAAUUGUACGGGUCUUGGAUCUCUUUUUUUGACGGAUGUUCAAGACAAGACGGUCAAUGCUAUCCGUGGACAAACAGUGCUGGUCAAUGCUCCUCAUAUCAAAACACAAAUGUACCGCGAAGGUCCGGAUGUGUAUACCUACAUUAUUCCUCGUCCGGACGGUAAUGUGAUCGUCGGUGGCACUUUAGACUAUGUCAACAAGAGCACCGUGGCCGAUCCCGCAAUCACGCGAGAUAUUUUGAAGCGCGUUUAUGAGCUGAAUCCAGAGCUGACCCAUGGCAAAGGACCCGAUGCAUUCAAUGUUGUGUCACAGAAUGUCGGUUUUCGACCUGGCCGCAAGGACAGUGUUCGUAUUGAAAAACAAGUGCGAGAUAACCAUGGCAAGAAGCUGACAGUCGUACAUAACUAUGGCCAUGGUGCUCACGGAUACCAAUCGUGCUGGGGCUCAGCUGUGAAGGUCUUGGAGUUAUUGAAUGAUGGUGUCCAACUAAAGGCCAAACUCUAAUUUGCUACAUAUUACUUAUCUUGAUAAAACGUCCCGAUUCCACUUUACAUCUACAGUUACAUACUCUGUUAGCCUUUUUGAAAGGUCAACGUUUGGGCAUUCAUACCUCAAAUCUUACUGAUCCAAUAAAAAGUGCUCUUUUCCUUGUAUCCAGCCUCUAAUUCUGUUUAUACAUUUCGCUGCACGUGGAAGCUGGAAAUUUCAAACUUUAAAGAUAUCAGUUUUUGUAAAUUCUAAUUUUCGGAUAUUCUAAAAUGUCCACAAAAAGAAAGAAGGUCUGGAAC